AAGAAGAAGAAGCACAGAGAGACGGAUCAAUUCUUACACAGCAAAACGCCGCCGUUUUCAAUCAGUAGCCAUGAAGGUGCGAUCAUCGGUGAAGAAGAUGUGUGAGUUUUGCAAAACAAUUAAGCGCCGUGGACGUGUGUAUGUGUAUUGCACAGCCAAUCCCAAGCAUAAGCAGAGACAGGGCUUUUCCACAUUUGCUUAUCAAGGCAGUGAUGCUCCCAUGUAUGUGCUUUUUCAUGCUUUGGAUCUCUUGUUUAUAUGCUAUGUUUAUUUGUUACUUUUCUGUGUUUAUAGGUUUCAAAAGAAUAGUCUCAUUCAAAACUUACAUUUUAAGCUCCAUCAUAUUGUGUAAGAAUUGUUAGGGCAACUUUAGUUCCUCACUCUCUGGCUCUCAGUCUUCCGUACAGCAGGGAUAUGUUUGCCUCUUAUGUUCACAUAGUUUGCUGGGUUGUUUUGUCCGGUUAUUUCUUGGAAUUAUGUUGACUUAGGUAUGCUAGUUUAGCAGACAGAGAUUACCCAUUGUUGGAUUCCCCUUUGUUUUGGCAGGUCUGUGCAAGGUGCUGUGGAGGGCUUACCUUAGUUUAGGACUUGAACAUCUCCAUUUUAAAAUGCUCAUAGACUUGAGUCACUUGGCAAUGGUUCUAACUUUUAAGUCACUAAUCUGGCAUGAAGAAAGAAAGUUUUAGAGCCAAGGACUUGACUAACUGCUUUGUCGUGUUUAAACUCAUCAUCUGGUUUGUGCUGUCUCUUACACUAUGGCAACUAUCUUGCCUGCUGAUGCCUAGUUUUUCAUCCUCAUAGCUUUAUACGAAAUCUUUUUCGUUGAAGAACUUUAUGAUGUCAGGUUAUAAGCUUUAUGAUUUCAGCCAUACAUUUGAGGACUUUAAUACAUUAGAACUUUGUUAGUAAGAGUUGGUAUAGAGGUUCUAUCAUUUCUCCUUGUGGCCCUGUGUGUGGGUUUUCUUUGUCCACAGAUUCCCAUUCCCUCCUCUUAGGUCUAAGUUU